GUCAGCUUUGGAUUAUUUCCUUGUUCCGUCUUUGUUGUGGUCGGUCGGGCAGCGAGUGUUUUCGUCGUCAUCGCCAGUUGCUCGUCGGUGCCAGCGUUCAUGUCCAAGCAGCCGUGUGCAGACAUGUCCGAGUAGGUCUGCGUGCGGUUCUCGCGCCCGUCCAGAUUGAACUCUGUGUGUGACACGUCGUUUCGGCUAAAGAGAGACCAACACUGGCCCCGACUUCAGACUCUCCAGACAUGGAUGAAUCCAGUUGUAAAAGACAGGCGACAAGGGUGUUCAAGAAGAGCUCGCCCAACAGCAAGAUUACUGUAUAUCUUGGGAAAAGAGAUUUUGUGGACCACAUCACACAUGUGGAUCCAAUAGAUGGAGUGGUACUUAUAGACCCUGAUUAUGUGAAAGACCGCAAAGUCUUCGGCCACGUGCUGGCCGCAUUCAGAUAUGGUCGCGAGGAUUUGGAUGUGCUUGGCCUAACCUUCCGCAAGGACCUCUACUUGGCUUCUGAGCAGAUUUUUCCUGUGCUAGAGGCGACAAGCAAACAUCCACUCACACGCCUUCAGGAGAGGUUGAUAAAGAAGCUGGGACCCAAUGCUUACCCUUUCUACUUUGAACUGCCUCCACACUGUCCUGCCUCAGUCACUCUCCAGCCUGCGCCAGGGGACACUGGGAAACCAUGCGGCGUUGAUUACGAGCUCAAAGCUUUUGUUGGCGAGACCCAGGAUGACAAGCCACAUAAAAGGAAUUCAGUUCGUUUGGCGAUAAGAAAAAUAAUGUACGCACCGAGCAAACAAGGGGAACAACCCUCAGUGGAAGUCAGUAAGGAUUUUAUGAUGAGUCCCAACAAGUUGCACCUAGAAGCGUCUCUUGACAAAGAGUUGUAUCAUCACGGGGAAGACAUCGCAGUGAAUGUGCAUAUUGCGAACAACAGUAACAGAUCAGUGAAGAGAAUUAAAGUUUCGGUGCGCCAGUUUGCAGACAUUUGUUUGUUUUCAACGGCACAAUACAAGUGUACAGUGGCUGAAACCGAGAGCGAAGAAGGGUGUCCGGUUAGUCCAGGUUUCACGCUGUCGAAGGUAUUUUACCUAACGCCGCUGCUGGAAAAGAACAAGGACAAGCGAGGGUUGGCGUUAGACGGCCAGCUGAAACACGAGGACACAAACCUCGCAUCGUCGACAAUCAUCAGUGACACGUCUCAACGAGAAAACCUUGGAAUUAUUGUUCAGUAUAAGGUUAAAGUGAAGCUUUGUCUUGGAGCACUUGGAGGGGACCUUGUGGCUGAGCUUCCAUUUAUUCUGAUGCAUCCAAAACCGGAGGAGGAUCCUCUGCCGGUUCUCAGUUCAAGUCCGUCCCAUGCUGCUGACGCUUCUGAUGGACAAAAAUCUGAUAUCGCCGUGGACAACCUCAUCCAGCUUGAUGCUAGCGAAGGCGUUCGGCCCGAUCCUGAUGAUGACAUAAUCUUUGAGGACUUUGCCCGACUGAGGUUAAAAGGAGGAGAAACUGAGGCUUAAAAUGGGCCCAGGGGAUGGAGAGAAGGGUUUUUAUGAAAAUCAUUAAUUUCAACUAAAUAUUAUAACUCUAUAACUGCCAACUCUGCUGCAUCGAUCAUGCUCUCCGCAGGCCAGUCUUUUAGAAAAUUGGCAGAAGCGUUGUUUGCAAUAAACUUGCGGGGGUUUAGAUAGGUGGCCAGCAUGGAUUGACGAUUUCUUUUUGCGAAUGGAAAAAUAGAUGGAAACACCGCUGGCCACUUGGCGUGCAGCAAUAAAAAUUUCGAGCGCGGUUCGCUUUCAAGGGACUUGUCGGGAGUGUGAUCGUUGGGAUGGUUACGGUGGGAAUAAUGCAAAUUGGCCUCUAGAUUGGCCAAGAAAUGCUAAUCAGAGGUCUGCCAGCAAUUUUAUUUGUGUACUGGCAGAAAUUCUAGCAUUCAUACAGAAUUUCUGCUCUAAAAUAACUGAUGUAAGCCGAUGUGAUUGUGCAUUUUUCAUAAAUAAUAUUAUAUUGUUGCAUUCACUAAUGUGAACAGCAUUUACUACCAUUUUUCCUGAAUGUGUUUUUGGUCACCGAAUCUCAAAACAUAAUAUUUUCAUGAACACAAACUGCAAGCUGGUUCCAAUCAAAAUCCGACGCUCAAAUAUGAUGAUUGUAUUUAACUUUUUUUUGUAUCGCUUUGUUCUCAAUUUGACACAAAAUUUGAAACAAUACCCGUCUGUCAAGCUGUGGACUAACCUUGCUUGAGGUGUAUCCUUGAUUAUAUGGUCUGCUAUGUGAUUCAAUCAAGAAAACCAUUAUUUUAUUAAAAUAUGCUAACGAAGUCCUUUUCUUCAUGUUGAAUAUUGAAAAUUCCGGACAUUUUCCUCGAAGCAAUGCUAUUUAUUCAGCUCAACCAAUAACCAUUAUUUAUAGUUUAGUUAAAUCUAAUUAUUUCGCCAUCGAACUCGUAAAGGCUCCUCUUAGUUACGGUGAUUGGAAAAUCAGUUCCAUUUUCUGAGACUUCGUAACAUCUUUGCUCUAAAUAAAGUUACUUUAUUUAUACACUCUAUACACAUAAUUUGAUGCCUGCGUUCUCUUUACUGAAAACCUUAAGCAAGUAUCUAACUAGAGCUCAAAUUUGCAGUGAUUCCUUCUUGGUGAAAAUUUGUUUGUUAAAUGUUUUAUUUUUCUCUUCCUAAAUUAAGGCUAAAGAAGGUGACAAUUUUAAGCGCAGAUGGCUUCCUUGAAGCAUGAAAUGUCUAAAAAAUAUUGUGUAAAUUAUUAUUAAAAUAAAUAUAAUGUUGCAUAUUAUAUAUUUCUUUCACACAAAUCGCCAUUUGGCAAAUGUGAUGGUCAGUGUUACUAUCUUUGCCUAUAAAGCACAAUUUGGUUGGGUGAAACAGAGACUAACAAUAAUGCGAGAAGAUGAUUACUAUACUAUACUUCGCUUCCCCACGAAUUUACUUUGCAAAAUGUGUACAUAUUUUUGCUGCGCUGUAUUUAAUUACGAAAUUACAAACUACACAGAAUGUUCGUACGUGCGAGGGGGAGACGUGUAUUAACUCGUAUUCCGUCAACGAGAAAUAAUGCAUUUUGGGUUAGCCUGAAUGGGAUGCCAUCAUUUGAUUUAUUAUUUCAUUAUAGUCACACACUCACUGUAUAACUAUAAUGAUAGAAAUAUAUUUAUAUAUUAUUUAUAAUGCAACAACCACUUGAGGCAAAUUAUGACCUGCAGAAAUUUACCUCAGUUCUAAACUGUAUUUUAUCUGUUGACUUUAAAAUCAGGGUGUGUACAUUUAUAAUACAUAAUUAUUAUGUUGUUGAGCAACAAUCCAAAAAAAUCCGGCAAUGGAGCUUGUGUGAACCUUUUUAUUAGAUUGUAACAGUGGGUACAGGACUAGAAUUCGAAAUUUUAUUUCGAAUGAGCUUAAAUUAUCUAUUUUGCCUUCAAAAAUUUAGUUUCCUGGUAAACACAAAAUACACAUUUGAAAUUGAUGUGUAUUUUGUCCCUUGUUUGCUCUCUAUAUUAUACAAUGAAUGAAAAGUCGUCUGCUACGUAAAUUUGACCUUAAUAAAAAUAGAAAUGUUUGCCUUACGAAAUUUACAUCUGAAAAUGCCCACUGUUGCUUGCGUGCGAACCACUGAACUUGAAUUUUGCUGUUAUUCUCAGUAUUAAAUCCGAUUUAUUAUUUAAUUCCUAGUAAAUCUCUUUUGGUCAUGCACAAUACAAAAAAAUUGAAGACUAGUGACUAUAUAUAUAUAUAUGUUCUAUGUAUGCCAUUUAAAUAAUUUGAACUCGUAAAGAUGAAUUGUAUAUUCCUGCAUUAUUAUUUUCGUGUGAGGAAUAAAUUGUGACCUCAAUGUUACCUAA